AUGGCAAGAGUUUACAGAGGCCGUCGGAAACUUCCGAUGGUGAAGAUGGAAAAAGCCAGCAACCUUCAAGUUACUUUUUCAAAAAGAAAAUACGGUUUUUUUAAAAAAGCUAGUGAACUUUGUACUUUAUGUGGUGUAGAAAUGGGAGUAGUUGUGUUUUCACCGAGUCGAAAAAUGUUUUAUUUCGGAAAUCCGGAUAUUAAAUCUGUAAUUAACCGUUUUGAAAAUUAUCUUCAUGGUCCUUAUAUGUGUUUUGAAGAUGGUCCGAACACAACUAUCCAAGAUCUCAACAGUCAACUCACUCAGGAGUUGGCAAAGCUUAAAGUGGAGAAAGAAAGGAAGAAAUUUUUGGAUAAGAUAAGAAAUAAGAGAGAAGAAAUAGAGAAAUGGUGGGAAAAUCCUCCGAAUCAACUUGACUUACCUCAAACCACUUGUCUAAUAAGUGUUUUGGAAAAUUUGCGAAUGGAAUUGGAAACUCAACCAUCCCAACCCUCACAAGCAAUUGUUCCUCAAAAUUGCUAUGGUGGAAGUUAUAACAACAUUGUUGGUGGUGGCAAUAUCGAUCUUUUUGACCAGGGAAGAAUGUUCGAUGUGAAUGCAUUGAACUAUGAUCCGAACAUGGUUAUUCCUAAUUAUGGACCAAUGUUUGGAUAUAGCGAUAACUACAAUGUUUUUGAUGUGUUCGAUCCGAGAUACAAUAUGAAUUGGCCUGAGUACAACCAGAGCCAGUACUAG